AUGGCGCUCCAUCCACCACAGGGCGACAAGCUCAUCUUCGCCCCCGGCGGCAACGGCAACGACACGCAGGCCGCGCAGUUUACCCUCGGCACGCUCUCCCGCGCGGACCUCGACAGCUCCUCCCCGAUCCCCCAGUUCCACGCCUGGUUCUCCGCCGCCCAAGACGCCACCCUGAAGCUCAGCAGCAGCAGCAGCGGCGGCGGCGUCGCCCCCGCGGAGACGUGCACGCUGUCGACGGCGGAGCUCCCCUCGGGCCGCGUCUCCUCGCGCAUGGUGUACCUCAAGGAGCUGGACGCGCGCGGCGGCUUCGUCGUGUACUCGAACCUGGGCACCUCGCGCAAGGCCUCGGACCUGGCGACCAACCCGCACGCGGCACUGUGCUUCCACUGGCCGGCGCUGCAGCGGCAGGUGCGCGUGGAGGGCGGCGCGGCGCGGGUGCCGCGCGGGGAGAGCCAGGCGUACUUUGACACGCGCGCGCGCGGGAGCCGCAUCGGCGCGUGGUCGAGCCGGCAGAGCGCGGUGCUGGAGCCCACCACCGGGGGGGAUGAUGGGAGGGCGCAGUUGGAGGGGUGGGUGGGGGAGACGGAGAGGCGGUUCGAGGGCAGGGAGGACAUUCCGGUGCCGGAGUUUUGGGGGGGUUUGCGGAUAGUGCCGACGAGGGUCGAGUUUUGGCAGGGGAGGGAUAGUCGGUUGCAUGACCGGUUCGUGUAUGAGAGGGAGAGGGAGGAUGGGGAGUGGACGCUCAACAGGUUGAGUCCUUAG